AUGCAGUCACAUCUCCAUGGAUCAAGACGAAGGAAUCAUGAACUUUUCAUUUACAAGGCUUUGGCAGUCACGUGCGAAGAGGGUGCACGGAAGCUUCUGGGUCUGAGGGGAACAGUUUCACAAGGAAGAUCUGAAAUUCUGAAUUCCGAACUGGAAUCAGAGUUUCGUUUUCAUUAUCUUCCUCAGUUUUACCACUCUCUUCCGCCAAUAACCAAGGCAUAUGGCACCGUUUGCGUGUUGGCAACUGCCACUUACCAUCUUGGAUUAUACGAUCUAAUUCAGAUUGCACUAUUGUACGAGCGAGUGUUCUAUGGUUUUCAGGCUGCUGAUUGUUUGGGGAGAUUUUUUACUAUUAAGUUGUCAAUUAGAGGUUUACUGCUGAAAUUAAGAUACGGUGUCCAACUUGAGCAGGGGCCAUUUGACAGACGGACUGCUGAUUUCUUGUGGAUGAUGAUAUUUGGCUCGUCUGCACUAUUGGUUUUGUCUGCCAUCCCCUUUUUGUGGUCCCCAUUUUUGGCAGUACCACUUGUUUUUAUGCUCCUUUAUGUUUGGAGUAGAGAAUUUCCGAAUGCCCAAAUCAACAUAUAUGGGCUUGUUGCUCUUAAGGCCUUCUAUCUUCCAUGGGCAAUGCUUGCUUUGGAUGUCAUUUUUGGCUCGCCUCUUAUACCUGACCUCUUAGGUAUCAUCGCAGGACAUCUGUACUACUUCUUGACAGUGUUGCAUCCAUUAGCAGGUGGAAAGAACAUUUUGAAGACUCCAAUGUGGGUGUAUCCUUAUGGUUUUCUGUUGCUUAAGGUGUUGUUAUGCGCAUGGGCAGUACCUACAGCCAUACGUAAAUUGGUUGGAAGGUGGAGAAUUGGAAUGCAACCAAUUAGUCGUGCGCAGCCUGCUAAUAACCCUCAGCAAGAGAGUGGCGCCGGAGUUGUUUUCAGGGGAAGGUCCUAUCGACUUGGAGCUAAACAUCAGUUGGGAAUUAGAAUGGGAACAGUGAAUGAAAAUAGGAAGAGGAAAAUAGAGAGGUUGGAUCCUGUAAUGAAGGAGAAUGUGAUCGGGUGGCAAGAAUUGAACGGAGAGAAAGAGAUGACUUACGUCGAUGAACAUUUGAUGUGUGAUAUUGACGGCACCGGCCACCAUCUCACCGCAGCGGCCAUCAUCGGUCACGAUGGCUCUGUUUGGGCUCAAAGCACUUCUUUUCCUCAGAUUAAAUCUGAUGAGGUCUCUGGUAUCAUGAAAGAUUUCGACGAACCAGGUUAUCUUGCUCCCACAGGUUUACACCUUUCAGGAACUAAAUACAUGGUAAUCCAAGGAGAACCAGGAGCUGUCAUUCGUGGAAAGAAGGGAUCUGGAGGCAUCACCAUAAAGAAAACUGAUCAAGCUUUAGUUUUUGGUCUUUAUGAUGAACCUGUGACUCCAGGACAAUGCAACAUGGUUGUUGAGAGGCUGGGAGAUUACCUCAUUGAUCAAGGUCUCUAG